CUCUGCCAAAUAUGCCAGACAUGUCCCUGCUGUAGCCUGCACACGUACAGAUUGCCGUGCUGCCCGUCACCGCGUCCACCAUCGCACCUGCACUUCCCAUCCCGUCGUCGCUGCCCUCGCAAUGGCAGCGCCUGCGCCUGGCCCCGCCGCAGGGCAUCGCCGCCACAAGUCAGCCUCUGUGCUCAAGUCGAUCAUCAGCCAGCACAAGCGCUCGCCAUCUGAUGCCACUGCGUUGAAGGCUGCGCCCUCGACUGCCCCAUACAUUCCUACGCCAUCUGCGACUAUGAACGCGCCGCUGCUGCCGCCAGACCACCCCCACAGCCAGCAGCGAACCGCCAACAACCAGGUCGAGAACCUCCCCUUCCUCCCGCCGUCGCCCCGCAAACAAUCGCACGACUCUCGCAGCUCGAGCCCACGGAAGGGCCUGCACAAGAAGACCCUCAGCACCGUGUCGCUGCGGUCUCUGGGCAAAGACAAGGCGAAAGACCAGCAGUCGACCGACCUCAGACGAUUGCAGGACGAGGAAGAGCCGCUCGACAAGUUCAAGAAGACCAAGUCAUCGACCAAUCUGACGUCUAUGUUUGGAAAGAGCAAGUCCAGGAAGAUUGCACGGUCGCCCAGCAAAGACAAGGAGAACACGGCGCCCAUCCUCUCUGCAGCCUUGGCGUCUGAACCACCCCCAACACCCAUUUGGGCACAGUUCAGCUCGCAGCCUCUCCAAGACGUCACAACUACGAGCAAGGUUCCGCUCAACGACCAGCGCCGUAGCCUCGAGGACGAGAUCGACCUGUACACUCCACACAACUACUCCCCAUCGAAGCAGCGCGACUUCUUCGAGGUCGGCCAGCCAUCUUUGCCGCAGCGGCCUGCGCCCAAAGAGCGACCAAAGUCCAUGCACGUGCCAAAGUCCACAACAUCAUUGCUUGGCACAUUCUCGCGCAAGAAGAGUACUGAUCGAGCUCCUUUGACGAAUGCACAGGGGAAUGGGGAGAGGACAAGAGACAGCUCGCCGUCGAAGAGCAAGCCUAGCAGACCCACGCUCAAUCGUGCUAGCACAGACAUUGGCAGACAGCCCGUGGCAGCUGGAGCUCUGGAUCCACCACCUAGUCCGACAAAGAAACAAAACAGGGUUAUGGCUGCAGUUGCUGCCUUCAACGGUAGGGCGAAGCAGACAGACGCUCCGCUGCCACCCGCCAAGGAGCUCGAUCCAAAGGUCGUGGAUGCGGAGUUCGAGGAAGUCUUGGAAUCGCGAAAUAUUCCUACCCACCAGCGCGCCGCAAUGCGAACACUCAAGAUUGAAGUCAAAGCCGACUUUGUCCGCACACACAAACUUGAUACACCACGAUUAUCCACAGCAUCCAUUCCGUCAAUUGGAGAGACUGACGGCAAAGGCAUUUCCAAACUGCAGCCUACAAAAUCCACCAAGUCAAGGAACGAUUCUGCACAGGAGGAGAACCUGACAAUGCAGAGUAGAGCUGACGGUACCAAACGCGAGCGUCCAACAAGUAAAUCGUUCACCUUCAGGAGCAACUCUCCAACAAAGAAGUCGAGAGCUACGGAACUAGGGACAGCAGCUAAGCCCAGUCCAAUACCCAAGUCGCCAUCGUCCAGAUCACUAUCCUCAGAUGCAGCGUCGAAUAGAUCAGUCUCGAACAGCUCGAAGACAGUCAAAUCUACUGAGUUCAUCAACUAUUUGAAGAAGAAUCCUAAGCCUCAGGACGUCGAAGUAGGAAAGCUGCACAAGCUGCGACUCUUGCUGAGAAAUGAGACGGUCGAAUGGGUCAACACAUUCAUCCAAGAUGGUGGCAUGCUGGAGCUUGUGGCUCUGCUCCACCGAAUCAUGGAAAUUGAGUGGCGCGAAGAUCACGAGGACACGCUCCUACACGAGCUACUGCGCUGCUUGAAGGGGCUCUGCACAACAGACAGUGCCCUCAAGCAACUCGCCAGCAUUUCUCCUACGCUCUACCCAGCACUUCUUGGUAUGCUCUUCGAUGAAGAGCACAAAGGACCUAGUGAGUUCACCACUCGUGAGCUUAUCAUACAAAUCAUCUUCGCACAUAUCGAUCAGGCCCCUGAACCAGAGCUUUCCACUCGUGCGGCCGAACUCCUUGGAUACCUUCGCGAUCCCGUAAAAGAGAAGGAGUCUUCGACUGUUCCUUUCAUCCUGCAGAUGCACACAUCUCGUCCAUACCAGGUAUGGUGUAAAGAGAUGACAAACGUCACAAAAGAAGUGUUCUGGAUUUUCAUUCACCACCUCCAAGUCAUUCCCAUUCCACCCGCGCCCUCUGAACCUACGAGUUAUGCGAGGGCUCACUUCCCUGGGCCUCGCGCCAUUGUCCCUGCCGCUCCUUAUGUCGGUGGAGUCGAGUGGGACGCAACAAACUACCUAGCGACGCACAUCGACCUCCUCAACGGACUGCUAGCCUCGCUGCCAACACGUGAUGCACGCAACGAACUUCGCGAAGACCUCCGCAUCUCUGGGUUCGAGAAGUUGAUGGCUCACCUACGUGCCUGUAACCCUAAAUACUACGGAGCGGUGCACGACAGCAUCAAAGUGUGGAUCGGCGCAGCGCUGGAGGACGACUGGGAUGUCAAGCCUGUCAGGAUGGGCAGCGACAAGAACAAUGGCAGCACGAGUCCAGUGAAAUUGAGCCCAAAGAAGAAAGCCGAGCCAGCGCCGCAGAUUGAUGUGCCCAAACUCGACCUUGGAUUGGCGUUUGACCGAGAAAUUGAUAUUGGCGGGCCUGUUGGUGGCAAGAAGGACGACGACUGGAUCUGAAACAAGAGUUGGAUGUGGUGACAGUUGGAUUUCUCAUAUUAUUCUGGCGCAGGUUUGGAUCCGGCUUUACAUUUUUUGGAGUAGCUCUUCGCCCUCCUUUCGACACUCCUCUUUCGCGGUCUCAAUCUGGCUGCAUACUCACGACUUCCCACGAACAUGACGACCGAGACGGCGACUCUCCUUUUGUUGGCUGCUGCAGCUGCUGUCCAAGAGCUAAAGCGCGUGCCUUGUAUAUAUACUACAUACAAUUUCUUGAGUUACAGGGUGGGCGCGUGAAGCAUUCGUAGCAAUCUUAAUCACUGCACUGUUAA